ACUAGAAACGAGACCCCAACAGAAAAAAAAAAAAAGUCUCUUGCUCUUGCUUUAGCUUGUGAGGAAGUUCAAAGAUAGAAACAAAAUCCUCCCAAAAAAGGUGAAAAGCUGGCAAUAAAAAGGCCACCGGAUCAAUCGAAUAGGGAGUGUUGACGAAAUAUUUUGUUCCCCAUUUCUUUAUCCGUGUCUCGUCUCUGCGCGUGUGUUUCCUGUUGGCGGCUGCGACCAUGGUGGGGGGCGGCGAGGUUGACAAGGACGCGGCGGCGCUGGCUCACGAGCUACCGGGCUUCAAUAUCUUCUUUGACCAGACGGGGUUGGAGGUGCCCUCGGUGGAGGUAGAAGGGGAACAGGUGCAGGGGGCUGCGGGGGAGGACGAUGAGGAGGAGCUGGAGUGGCUGUCCAACAAGGACGCCUUCCCUUCGGUGGAGACCAUGGCGGCGGUAGAGGAGGAGGAGGCCGCGGCGGCGGCGGCGGCGGUGGCGGUGGCGGCCCCGGCGCGCGCGGCGGUGGGGCCUAGGACCAAGGGGCUGCGGCGGCGCCGGCGGGUGACGGCGCCGUGGAGCCUGGCGCCCGCGCUGCCUCGCCCGGGCCCGCGGCAGGCGGCGGCGCGGCGGCGGUGCACGCACUGCGGUUCGGAGGAGACGCCGCAGUGGCGGCUGGGGCCGGACGGGCCCCGCACGCUGUGCAACGCGUGCGGGGUGCGGUUCAAGACCGGGCGGCUGCUCCCGGAGUACCGGCCGGCGAACAGCCCCACGUUCUCCCCACUGCUGCACUCCAACUCCCACCGCCGGGUGCUGGAGAUGCGCAGCCGCGGCGUGGACGGCGGCGAGGCCUCGCCCUCCGGCCGCGCCAUCGCCAAGGCCCGCCGCGCCGAGCGCGUGGCGGCGCGCCACGCCGCCAAGGACGGCGGCGAUGCCCCGGGCCCAGCCCAAGCUGAAACGCCAGCGCUCCCCUGAGAGCCGAUGAAUGGAGCCAUGGAGCUUGAUUAGAGAUUCUAUGAUCCAGCGUUAGCUCCCUUAUUAUCUGCUCCAUCAUCUCCAAUUUCCAUUUUGUCAGACAUUAGGAUUUAGGGGUUAAGAAUGCAUAGCUAGCUGCUGAGGUACUAUCAAUCAUCAUCAUCUUAGGCAAGUUCAGACAAGCUAGCAGGUCAGAGUGAGGAGCGCAGGUGAAAGAACAUCCAUCAUCUUGUGCAACUUUGCGACUGGUGAUAAUGUGUGUGUGUGCUGAAAUGGGAUAUACCUAAGCGCUUUUCAUGUCUCA